UCUGAUCCAUUCUUCGGUUUCCCUCCUAAAAUGUAUUAAUCAGAAUGAGUUGAGGAUGUAGUAUGGUGGACCAUGACGCUCCACGGUUCAAGAAAACUAUAUUUUCAUAAAUUGUAAAAACGAUUUUUGCGUGUGCCUAUUUAUGCUUGGGUGGUUUAAACAUGGAACCUCGAGCAAAUGAAUUGCUAACGACGGGCCCUCCAGCAACGAUUAAGGAAGAACCGGUCGACCAAACUGGCGCGAAGCAGGAUAUGCAACAGUCUCAAGUACAGGGCGUUUGCAUAGAGGAAGAAUGCGAGCAGCGUAUCGAGUGCACUACCGAGGGUCAGGAGAACGAGACACGUGCAUUUUUAUCGAAAUGUGUGUUCUGCGGGAAAACCUUCGCCUCCGGCGAUGACCCAAAACUCCUAGAAUGUUUACAUGCAGCAUGCACUGCAUGUGUCAACAGUAAACUAAGCGAUCACAAUACGUCGGUCGACGUGGAUGUUUUGUUGGAAAGCAAUGUGAUUGCUUGUCAAAUUUGUAAUGUCACUACCCAAGCAGACAAUUUAAUCGAGAAUCGAUUCUUGUCAAAAUUUAUAGAGGAAGAUAGUAGUCCAGGAACUGACGAUGAAUCUAAAGAAAUUGAAGAAGAAAAAAAAUGUACCAGCUGUCAUGACAAUGCCAAUGCUACAAGUUGGUGUGUGGAAUGCGAAGAAUUUAUCUGUCAGAACUGUGUUAUGGCACAUCAAAGAUUAAAAAUCACAAAGGAUCAUACAAUUAAACCAAAGGAUGAAGUUGCCAAUGAUAGGGACAAUGUUAAAAAGGACAACAAAAAAAUACCUGGCUAUUUAUUUUGUACAAUUCAUUCGCAUGAACAAUUAUCUUUGUUUUGUCAAACAUGUGAUAAACUUACUUGUAGGGACUGUCAGUUAAGUGAACACAGAGAUCAUAAGUACAAAUUUAUUCAUGAAAUUGCUGCUGAAACACGUACUUCUGUAUCGACUUUACUUAAAGAAGUGAGUUAUAAACGAGUUUUAUUAAAAAGUGCUAUGAAAGUUAUAGAGGAUAGGCAAGUCCUCAUUUUAGAGAAGAAAAAAAAUUUAGUACAAGAUAUAACACAAAUGGUGGUGCAAUUAACGAAUGCAAUCAACACAAGAGGAAAGCAAUUAAUUAUGCGUUUGAAUGAAGUGUGCGAUCAAAAGCAGAACACAUUAAACGAAAAAAAAGUCGCUUUAGAUCAAUUAUCAAAGCUUACAGAUCAUUGCAUUCAAUUUGUGGCUCAUGCCUUGAAAAAAGGCUCAGACCUGGAAUUACUGUAUAGUAAGAAGUCUGUUACAAGUCACUUACAAAGAAUAAAAAGUAGACGAGCUGACAUUCCAAAUCCAGAAAUACCUGUCAGAAUACAUUUAUCUUUGGAAAAAGUACCAGACUUGAUAAAAGUGGUUUCAUCGAUUGGAGCGAUAGUAGUAGAUGGCAGAGUAUAUCCUUCAAUAUCUCCACUGGGUGGAACAAAUACACCAUCCAUGUCAUAUGACUCGCAGCCAGAGCUGAAACAGACGAGCAAUCUUCCUAACACACCAAUGGAUGGUUCGUCUAUGGCUGUACAAAUACCUCCUGCGACACAGCAGUCGAAUAAUAUUCAACAAAAUUCCUACCAGCAAGUGCCUCCAUCGUUACCUUUAACACAACACCAGCAGCAGCAGCAGCAACAACAACAACAACAACAACAGCAGCAGCAGCAGCAGCAACAACAACAACAGCAACAGCAGCAACCGCAACCGCAACCGCAACAGCAACUGCAACAAGCACAAUCACAAAAUUAUAUGCAGCAUUAUCCUAUGAAUAAUAUGCCGCCACGUUCAUCACCUCAAGCACAUCAGCCACGUGUACCGUAUGCAGUUAACUUCAACAAUAGGUUGCAGCAACCAUUAAUGAUACAACAGCGUCCAUUGGGAAUUUGCCACCAGCAAGUAACUUCAUCUACGCAUCCUCAUCAACAAGUUCAUAUGGAUCAGCUUGGUCAGAAUACAAGUCUACGUGGGCUUCUCGCGCAUAAUCCUCCUCCGUAUCGGCCUUCUACGAAUCAUGUACCAUACCGAUUGCCAACUUAUAGGUACCCGUCGAGUAAUUCUCAACGGCCAGUACCACCGCACACGUAUCAACCGACGAAUACGUCCAUGGUGUCCGGUAUAAGGCUUCAACAAUGUAACGCAACUUCACCGUCUGCACAGCAUUUAAGUUACCCUGUGCAACAACCCACCACAGCUCGUUGGCACAUCCCCCAAAAUGUGAACCCUUGCCUUCCUUAUUAUCCCUCCCGCCAUCAAACAACGCCCCCGAUGCCAGUUCCUAUCAACGAUACUUACAAGAUAACAUUGAAGAACCAACAGUCAAGCAACAAUCAAAAAUACAACACGCAAGCAAGCGUCGCCACUGAUAAUCCACCUCAAGCACAAAAUUCCGUGUCUGUUGGCCAUACAGUUAGUUCGUCGGUACCUAAGACGCCUAGUCCUGUACCACCCGGUAAAACUGAUGAAACUGAGAAAAGUUUGGACAAGUUUUGCCAAAAAUCUUUGAACGAUUUGAUGCUCACCAUCGCGAAAUUAGAUAGUAAUGGAAUUGUGGUAAUACCGGAAGCCCAACGAAAUCAAUUGGAUUCAGCUCAAGUAGAUAGCUCGACUGAUGAGGGAAUGAAUCCGAUGGUUGAAAAUGCAUCAGAUAAUUCAAAAAAUGCUGCAGCAUCCAUGACAAAGGACGAUCCUAACGAAGACUGGUGUGCAGUGUGUAUGGAUGGGGGAGAUGCUGUGCUAUGUUGUGAUAAAUGUCCAAAAGUCUUCCACUUGUAUUGUCAUAUUCCUAGUUUAAAAUCGUUUCCUGACGAGAGUGAAACAUGGCAGUGUAUGUUAUGUACAAAUGUACUCGAUUGCUCGGAUGAUCCACCGGGAGAGAAAAGGCCCAACACUAUAAGUACGAAAGAAUUAAGAAUUGCCCAAAGGAUUGUAUUGGAGCUUUAUUGUCAGUAUGAGCAAAGUUUACCCUUCCGUGAAGUUGUUUCUAGCGAGAUAAUCGAUUAUCAUCGUAUUAUAAAGAAACCUAUUGCAUUAGAUGUAAUUAGAGAUAAAUUGAAACCCGAUCACCCAAAUCAUUACGCAGAUUUAAGACAAGUGAUGGCGGAUAUCAGAUUGAUGUUUAAAAAUGCUUUUACAUACAAUCCUGUUGAGUCGCAGGUUUAUCAAGAAGCACGAAAUUUAGAAGAAUUUUUUGAGAAAUUAUUAUUAAAAUGGGCACCGAAUUAUGCUUACGACGACCCUUUUCUAUCAGCUGACAAAGACGAAGACGAGGAAGUGUUUCCUCCGAAUAGAAAAUACAGACGCAUAGUUACUGAUUAAUUUUCAUUUGUUACAACCGUGCACUUGAAAAUUAUGUUAUUUUUAAAAACUGUAGCAGAAUUAUAUUUCGAUGCAAUUUUAAAACAUUUCUUCGUUAUAUUAAAUAUUACUUCUCAUGUUUAAUAAACACAUGAUGAAUGUUCAAGAAAUACUAACAGAGCAAUUGACGAAAUUUAUAAUUGUAGUAUAGAAUCUAUUGAAUUUACUUCUAUUUUAAUUAAGGAUAAAUUUGUCGCCUAUUACAUGGAUUUAUAAAUUAACGGUGAACAUAAUUUUAACGAAAAAAUUGUUCAUAAAAAGCUUAAAUGCUUAUUAUAAUUCAUAAGGUUUAUCGUGAAAUCACUUUCUGAUAAACUUAUUAUUAAGUUAUAUGGUUCAGAGAAUGAUUUAUUAUAUUAGUUCUACAAUGAAGUAUUUCAGUAAAUUUAUAAGUAUAUUUUUUAUAAAGUAUUACGGUCUUAUAUACAUAUUAUCAUUCUAUUGAAAUCAAACCGUAUGACGAAACGUUGUAUUACUUGUUAAUAGGAAAUUAUAAUUGACUAUGUUGUAGAAAACAUACUGAUUAUAAAUUUUAUAUAUUGAUAUAAUAUUCACAAAUUUUGUUGAGAAACUCAUUUGUUCAACAAUACUCUGAAACUAUGCAUGGUAUUUAAUAAUCAAUUUCGCAUUUUAUUUGUUAUUAGACAAUGUAUAUUAAAACGGAUAAUAUUAAGCUUCAGAUUUUGUAGUUCUAUUUUCUUUUGAUAGUUACAGUUACACCUUGAUUAAAUUGAAACAUUUAUAUCGCAUUUACUUAAUUAACAUUCAACUAUAGGAAAAUUCUUAUUUGUUGCAUUGAAUUAAAUAUACGCAGUAUAUAAUUAA